AUGGCGAAACGGGGAAUUCCUAAAACCCAUGUUAGGUGUGCCUACUCGGCUAGGUAUUCUUUUUUGUCGCUUAUUUUUAGUUUUAUGUUGCCCGUCCCUCUGCUUGCGCUGCUACGUGCUGCCCCGGAUCUUUUGGAAAGCUUCCUUGACCUUUCCCGCACAAUUGCGGUGCGAAUUGCGCUUUCUCGAAAAGCGGGAAAGACCGUUGAUUGGCCCGUGCCCGGCGCGGAGCUGUCGCGGGUUUCCCCCUUUAAAAUGCCAAUGGAACCAGGAAACGGCGCCAGGCCUUUAGGCUUUCCCAACCCUUCGCUGUCUCAAGUAUUGCCUGAUGAAGGCAGGAGGUGUUGA